AGAAAGCGCUGCAGUUUGAGAGGCGUUAGCAGGAAAGGUCUGAGAAAUGGGGUGAUGGAGACGGAUACAAAGGAAAGAUAGUUGUAAAUACAUUAUUACAAAAAAUAAAAGAAAGUACAACGAAUAGUGUAAAAAGUAUUGAUUAGAAGCAAAUGUAAACGAAUGUGAUAAAAAAAAAAAGUAGGGGCGGUGGACCAGUAAAGGUAGCAAGAAAGGGAAGAGGGUUUUUUGAAAGGGAAGAGGGUUUGUGUAAGUUGUUGAUUGUUGUCUGUGUGUAUUGGGGGCUGCCGCAGUGUAGCCGGUACGAGGUGUUAUAUUUCCUUUAAACUCGUGAGACGGGGAUAGUGAUCAGAAAGACAACGAGAGACAGAAAAGUCAGGAAGGGGUCGAACAUUUUCGGUUUUAAACGAGUGAGAAUCUGAUCGGAUCUGUUUGGCAGAGGAGAGCUCACACACGCACUGUGUUCUAGUACUGUACUAUUAAGUAAACUGUUCAGCUUCAAUAAUGAAGAAAGUGUCGGAUAGGAAUGUAAUGCGUUUGGCAAUGGUACAGCAGCUGCGGGGCUUCGGGAUAAAAAUAAAAAACUGGAAUAAAAACAAGAGCAGCAGCAGCAAACUGACAGGAUGCAGCGGGGGGAAGAUAUUUGGGACCUCUUUAGAGGCUUUACCACAGCAGAACCUGGCUGAUUAUGGGAUAGUUCCUUGCUUUCUGGUUGAUGCCUGUGAAAAUCUCACACAGCACAUCGAUACUGAGGGACUGUUUAGAAAAUCUGGAUCCGUGGUUCGACUUAAAGCACUGAAGGUCAAGCUGGAUCAAGGUGAGGACUGUAUAUCCUCAGCACCCCCAUGUGAUGUUGCUGGUCUUCUUAAGCAGUUUUUCAGGGAGCUACCAGAACCAGUCAUUCCCACUGACCUACAUGAAGCUUUCUUGAAAGCACAGCAACUGCCAACCGAGGAGGAGCAGAGCACCGCUACUGUCUUGCUGUCCUGCAUGCUCCCCGAGAGAACUACAAAUACUCUCCGCUACUUUUUUAACUUUUUGAAAAAUGUUUCCCAAAGGUCAGCUGAGAAUAAGAUGGACAGCACUAAUCUAGCUGUAAUAUUCGCUCCAAAUCUUCUGCAAUCGAGUGAUGGAAAUGAAAAGAUGACGUCAAACACAGAAAAGCGUCUGAAGCUGCAGGCAGCUGCAGUGCACAGUUUUAUUGAAAAUGCACAACACUUUGGUUGUGUGCCGGAUUUUAUCAUGAGUAAGAUUCCUGCAAUGUUGGGAGUUGAUGCUGGUGGUUCCACUCCGUCGCUGGAAAGUUCAGAGGACGGAGAGAGUGAAUUGUCAGGAGUCAAAAGAAGGAGAAGGCGCAGUGUUGGAGAUAUGGUUAAUGGAGCGCUGCAUAAGUUUAAAUCUAAUAGAACACCCACAAGUACUCCUCUGCCAGAUGGAUCAGUCACUCCUGUGAUUCUAACUCCAAGUUCUAAACGGAAGCUACUGACUGACUCUGCUCAAAGUUUGGGGUUUUCAAGCAAGAAAAGAAGAUCUUUGAAACACAGCCUUGCAUUAGAAUUUCUUCCAAAUAAACUGUUUAGUAGUGGUUCUACACCUGCCUCAAGCCAGUUAAAUGACAUAAGUCCCAGUAUAUCUCUAGAGUCUUCACAUGGCACUCUUACCCCUUCCGCAAGAAGUGGUAGACCGGCAGCUAGCUCUGCAAAAAGAAAAAGUAAAAGAUUUGAGAGCAAAAAAGUUAACAGAGUGGAAUCUGGAAAAGCAGGAUGCUUUUCUCCAAGAGUCAACAGAAAAGAAGUAGUGCGCAAGUCCAUGCGUCUCCGCUUGAGUCUUGGAAAGAGCAGCAAAGAUUCUAAUGUCUUGUCAAAUGCAUUUCCGGUGGCUAAAGGAUCUGAAAACAUUGGCUGGCGUCUUGCCACUCAAGAAAUAAACAUCAGUUUUGGGUCGUCAAAAGAAGCUACCUUUAGUCCUGUUGUAAGAAGGAACACAUUCACAAGAAAAGGUUCCAAGUACAUCAGUAAAUCUGAAGAAAAUCUGCUCACCCCCCAGUCUGACAAGAGUGCACAUCGUACCUCCUGGAAUGGAACCAGCCAUGAAGAGUCCCAGGACUCGAACUCUGAGACCCCAAUGGGCAGAUAUCUCAACAACUUCUCCUCAGAGCCUGCCUUAGUAGCUAGAAAGCCUCCUGUCAUUGCAGGUAUUCCUAGGAGCCUCUGUCCAGCCUACAGAACAGAGAGCCCUCGCAGUAAUGCAUCUUUUGCUGAGGAUGAAAAUAACUCGAGUGAAGCAACCUUGCUUAAGAUCAAAAGGGCCUUCACUGAAUCCGGUAGUGACCUCCGUUCACUAAUAGGUGACAGCAGUUCCUCAAUGGAUAAUUUCUUGAAAGAAAGAAAUAACUUUGUGAAGGAAGAAGAUACAAAUGAGUCAUUGUUGAGUUCCAGACAUUCAAGUGAUGUGAAGGAGACAUGUUUAGGCACACCGCCUCAAAAACACAUGGUUCACCAACAGAUUGAAGACUUGUCUUUUGUACAAAGAAAUAUUUCUCCUGGAAAGACAAAUGCUAAUGGAUGUCAUGUAGAAGAGCCACAAUCUCCACGGAAACCAGUGGAACAAGUGAUGUUUAAGUUGAAUGGUACUAAUGAUAGUGACACUGUUGCUUAUGAGAUGGAAACCGUAAAGGACGUCUGCCCUUUGGAAGCUCUUUGUGACUUGAACAGUCACUCUGCAGCGAACGCUACCUCAGAAGCUAACCAGUCACAGCACCAUGUUUCAAAACUCGUGGUUCAAUUGCAAAAAAUAAUAGAACCACCUAUAUGUGAGGCUUUAGAAUACAUUCAACCAACUGAAAGUGUAAGAACAGCAGAAUCAGCAGAGUCCACAGCAGGAAGAUCUGCUGAGAGUUCACCAAUGCUCAUCUCUAACACCUCUGAAUACAAGUUCAGGGUAGCUGAUCACAUUCAAAGGUUUAAUGUACUUUCUUUGAAUAGCCCAAAACCAAACAAUGUUAAGUCCCCUCUUAAAUUUAAGCGCACCCCAGUGCGCCAGUCUGUCAGGAGAAUAAAUUCGCUACUAGGAGUUCGGAAACCAGUAGAGGGCAACAACAGUCCAUCAAAGAUUGGCUCUCCAAUGGUAAAAUCAAUGAGUCACGAAAGUGGCCUAUCCUUAUUUGCCAAAAAAAGUCUCCCUAACUUUGAGGAACCAGCACACUGCACAUAUGUUUCAGAGGACAAAUGUGGUGGUAAAGGGCCUUGCCAGAAUACAUCCACAAAUUGUUCUGUUACCUCAUUAAAACCCCAAAUUUACAAAGUUACAACCCGCUUCCACCAGCAGACCAAACAUUCUGCUCUUGGUGAUGUGACCAAUCAGGUAGCACCAAAAGCAAAUAAUCCAAUUGUAAAUGAGACUAGAGUUUUCACUGGCAAAGCACAGGUGAAACCAGACAAAUCUGUCUUGCUUGAGAUGGCAGAAAAGGAAAAGCGUCGUUACAGAGGCUCACCAAAAAACCCAUUGCCAGCAAACAAGCUGUUAUCAGCCACUAAACCUAUAGAUCUGGCCACUAUGACUGCCCUCCUACAGCAUGCUGUGUUUGUGAUGGUGUGCGGUGGAGCUCUGGUCUUCUGUCACAGCCCCAGGACUCCUGACCAGCUGUCUGAUGCUGACAUCCAGCACCUGCUGCAUGGAGUCAUGGAGCAGCUGGGCAUCGCCAGGCCGCGGGUGGAGUACCCAGCUCACCAGGCUACUAUCCUGGUGGGACAGCAGAGUAUUGAAGGUGGAGCUCAUGAGGGGCUGCAGCACCUAGGUCCCUAUGGAAAUAUUCCCAACAUUGUGGCAGAGCUGACUGGUGAUAACAUUCCCAAGGACUUCAGUGAGGAUCAGGGCUUUCCCAAUCCACCAAAUCCCUGCCCUCUUGGAAAAACAGCUGUGGACGGAUGUCUGGAGAACUCCCCUGACACGGCAGAGUUCAGCAGAGAGUACCAGCUCCACCAGCACCGGUUUGACCCGGAGCAUGACUACCCAGUACUGGGCAAGUGGAACAAGGCGCUUCUUUAUGAGAAGAUGAAGGGUGGAUCAAAGAGACGCAAGAGAAGUGUGAAUCCAUACUUGAUGGGGCAAAGGCUGGACAAUGUGGUGGCAAAGAAAUCCGUUCCACACUUCUCUGAAGAAGACACUAGCAAUAAUAAGAACUAAACCAAGCACCUGCUAUUAUUUAUUAAUUAUAUUUCCAUAUUGAGGUUAUCGCAUUAGAAAAUGUGAUUUGGAAUUGUGAAUAUAAAGAGGAUGUGCGUGCUUAAUUUGUGUUUCUUACAACUAUGGAGAAAACAGCAGUGUUCAGUUAUUUUUAGUAGUUGCUUAGUUGAGACUAAAUAAUAUUUGUAUGUAGUGGCUAACCGAAAUAGUAAAGAAUAAAUCUGUUUCAGUGCACUUUCCCAGGUAAAUAUGUGUGCUUUGUUGUAACUAUAUUAACCCUUUCAUGCAUGGCGACCUUCUGGUGACAAAUAACAAAACUCUCUUCUCAUCUUUGUAUUGGGACAUAUGGAAGACGCAAAUCCAUGAUAGCCUCAUAUGAGGAUGCCAUCCCCCCACCCACCCUACCCCACCUAACUAUUUUCAAUAUUUCUUCCAGAAAUACUUAAUGAAAAAUGUAUCUAAUGCUGGAUUUUCUACCGUACUAUAUUCUCACAGAUGAAGAGGUUUUACACACGUAGUGUAUGACGCCCACAUGUCAGAUAAGCGCAUUGUUCCUCAGCACCUUGUAUUACCUACAGCUCUGAGUGCCACUGUGUGCCAGCAAUGCAACUCUUCACAGAGGGCAGUCAAUGCAGUGUGCUAACCAUAUGUUGAACACAUGGGAACAUUAAAAAUACAAGACGACUUUCAAAGAUUAUAGACAGGAGCACCGUCAAUAGAUGAUUGACGGUUUAAAAAACAACGUGUCCACAUUUGUCCUCAGGACAAACAGUAAGAAACACUUUUUGCUUCAUAUUGAAUUAUACAGAUUGGUGCGAGCAAGUGGGAGCAAAGAGAAAAGGAAAAGCGAGUUCCUGCAACUACUAAAACUAUACAUAAGAUUAUGUAAUAUAGUAAACAGAAAUGUAUCAUAGUUGAAUUAAACUAGCAAGUAGGCCUGCUUAUGUUUGUUUUUGGUUUUUUUUGUAUUAUUGUAGAUAGUAAAAAGUGGCUAAGCCCAGACAGGUAUGGUAAAACAUAUGAACGACCUUGGCAAACCUUGGUAAAGUACAAUAAAUGCGUAGUAUAACCGUAGACAAAGCAUAUAAAAACUGCAAAAUUACAUACAUGUUUACUUUUAUAAGGGUUUGAUCUAUUUUAUUUUAAUUAGUGUAACAAGCUAAUGUCUAUUCAUUUUAAUUACCUAAUUACUAAUCAGCAUUCUGAUACAAGUGAAAUGCCGGUUUCUGAUUGGAAGAACGCAAUUGGCUGGGCCAGUACUCUUUUUUUUUUUUUUUAAUAAACACAAAGCCAUUUUGAAAGACUUUUCUCUUUAUACUGUGUAGUACAUAGACAAAUAACUGCAUACAUCUUUAUAAAGAAAGAAACAGGUGGCUACAUUUUGACAUGGUCAGUUUUGAAAGGCAUUCUGCUUAUGCCAAAGAACUCCCAAAUAAACCCAGACCAGACAGCAACCCCGGCGCCCAAUCAGUUUUCUGUAAAAUACAUUUUAAAUGCAAAGCCUCGUUAAUAGUGUUUGCUUUCAUUCAACCAGCACAGGAUGUUUUUGUAAUUCUGUUGAAAUAUUAUUAAUAAACUGUAAAUUAGGGUACCAGAUAGCGGUCAGACUGGGGUUCGUUUGAAAUAUUGUACAAUAUAAGUUGU